AUGACACCUUCACAGCCAAAUACAAGUCAUACACAGUUAUUUUCAACAGUUAAUUCAGCAGCAAUUUAUGAUGAACCAUUAUACAGCAAUACCUUUAAUCAUUUAACAGAAACAGAUGCUUGUCUUGGAUUUUCAAAUACACAAAUAGUACAUACACCUUAUCAUCAUCAACAAAUUCAUAGAUUAAAUGAAUCUAAAUCAUCAUCAAGUAGCAGAAUAAAAAUCUGCUCAUCACUUGAAGGUACAAAAAACCAAAUGUAA